AUGACGCUGGAGAUCCAUCGCACUCGGGAGUGCGAGUUUACUCGCGUGUGGGCGGCAAACGCCUCCUCCGCCUCGAAUCUAUCGUCCUUGCAACAACAGCAACAAGCCACAUGGUCAGUUCCCGACGCAUCGGCCGUCUCCGUCGCACACGGCUCCCUGCAGCUCCGAAACUCAACGCUGCAGAUUUCCAUCCCUCUAAAAAGCAACUCGACGCUGCAUCGGCUCUCAUUGCGGACACAAUUGCCACCGAACGCACUGACAACGCUAAAAGCCCAGCUAAACGAACGCAUAAUGGCCAUUAAAUCCCCUCAAGCCGCCGCAAGCAACGAAAUCCUGCUGGGAUCGUCAUCUGCGGUGGCUGUUAAGCUGCCGUGUAUCAAGGACGUGGCAGACUCGUUCCAUGACGUGGAGUUCGUAUGGCACGACGACUGGCUGCGCUGGUAUGUGGAUGGAGUCAUGCUAUUGGAAGAGUUUAAACUACAGGAGAGAGAAGAUGGCCACGGUAUUAUCGAGUUGAGUGUCGAGGAAGACACUCUAUCGGUAGACCGGGUAGAGUUGAGCUCGGCCAACGCAUCAGAUCCAUACUGUGCGCCGCGAUAUUCGACCUCCAGCAACUGCAGAGCGCAGGAGUCAUUUUCUCCGCGUCUGGGCUCGGUUAGGGGGUCUUUAUCGGUGGUCGAAGUGGACGCGUUUAUCGACGAAGUGGCUGGGAAUUUCCCACUUAUAACGAGAGUGGAGGACCUCGGACGGUCCGUAGAAGGCCGACCACUACGGGCACUCUGUCUGGGUGCUUGUGACCCGCCUGAAGGGAAAAUGGUCCCUCAAGCACUCUUCACUGGCAUGCACCACGCUCGCGAGCCAAUUUCCAUGAUGAAUCUGGUCUACACAAUCGAUAUUUUAACCACAGACUAUCGCAACGGAGAUCUGGCAGCUCUGGAGCUGUUAACGUCACGUCAGCUCUGGUUUAUCCUGGUCGUGAACCCGGAUGGAUACGCACACAACGAGAUGGCGCGUGUUUGGGAGCAUAACAAGAUGGGACAGCGCAAGAGUGGAGCUCAUACGUGUGACAGAAGCCCUCCUGACGCUGGUGUGGAUCUGAAUCGCAACUAUGACGUCUGCUUCGCGCGAGACAGUAAAGGAAGCAGCAAUGAUCCGUGUGGAGACGACUACAAUGGGCCUAGAGCGUUCUCGGAGCCAGAAACGCAAGCUGUGCGCGACGUUGUAGAGCGCAACACGUCCGACUUCAGCGUGGCGCUCAAUUACCACUCGUAUGGCAAGUACUUCAACCUUCCGUUCGCUUGUCAGGUUGAAGGACAACCCAUUGAGCCCAACAACUCUGUGUUUGUAGCGUUAGCUCGUGAGAUGGCUCACUUUAAUGGCUUUAACUAUGGCCAGUCCUGGAAAGACAGCAACUUGUACACUGUUAACGGAGAGACGAGCGACUGGAUGUGGCAGGUGCACGGGAUCUUCGCUAUGUCCCCUGAAGUUGGUCCAAGCUUUCAAGUCGCCUCUGUUCCUGGGUUUUGGCCGUCUCCUGCUGACGUUCCUCAGUUGUCAUCGGAGCUCCAUUACUCCAAUUUGUAUCUAGCAAGUAUGGCGGGGCCGGUGUAUUCGCUGGAGGUCAAGAGUGUGCAGCUAGGAGCUAUCGACGAUGGCGGCUCGACGUUGUCGUUUGUGUCUGUGGAAGUGGAGGUGUCAAACAGUGGAUUGCGUCCAGGAACGGCAGAGCUUUUGGGGUCAGUGUUCGUGAACGGAACAAGCGCCAGUGAUCCUGUACACUUGGAGCUCAAAGCAGAACCUCUCGGCUCUGGGUCUUUGGCCCAGAGUCACACAGUGAUGAUUCCUUAUUCUAUUGAUGACUUUCAUCAGUCUAUGAGAGACAUCAAGGAUCUGUAUUUGAUCGUCAGGGACACUCUAAGCUGCCAUCUCUUCCGUGUCGCGGUUCACUUCCAUACCGACGUUGAGAAAACGAACCACCCAAGCUUCCAGACGUGGACUGCACUCCCGCUGCCUCGCUGUGGAACCUGCGAGUUGUUUGGAGCUUCAGAGUAUGCAGACGAAGGUGUAGAUAUACUGCACACCUCGCCAAUAUGUCCCGAUAUCAAGGAUGUGGCGUUCCUGGAGUCUGUACAUACACGAGAUGCUGGCGCUGUGAUCUCCGGGAUCGAGCCAAGCGAAGUUCCAACCCUCACGACCGCCGCUAACGCUUCUGGAUCCAGUGCUAAUGCGGAUGUGACGAGCAAGCAACAGUCGUCGAUUUCAUCGAUCUUGCCGUCCGUGUCGUGGUCAGGCCCAGUCGCGAUGGCAGCGCUUGCCGGACUGGUGUUGCUUAUCGUCGUCAUGCUCUUUCGACGUCGAAGGAGCAGCAAGAAGACGAGAGCGAAAUCAGCGUCAGGGACUCAUAAGAAGCGCAGUAACGUGCAAUACUCGCGCAUCGAUGCCAACUCGCCAGUGAAAGACAACUACGACGAUGAGAUUGAUCUAGUGGAUGCGGAGUGUGGGGAGAGAGGAUCUUCAGAUGACGAGGAUGUGGUACCAAGAGAUCGUCCUCGUCGGACACCGAGGACGCAGCGUUCAUCGAGUGAAGAAGUUGUGUAA